AGAAAAAAAAUAGUAAAAAUGUCUCUUGGGGUCUCAAUUAAAUUUGUGAUUCUUCUAUUAUCUUUCCUCCUCCUUUCCAAUGUUGGGAAAAGCCAAGAACUUGUGGUGAAUUACUACAACCAAAGUUGCCCACAAGCUGAGGAAAUAAUCAAACAACAAGUUUUUUCCUUGUACCAAAAACAUGGAAAUUCAGCCAUUUCAUGGAUUAGAAAUCUCUUCCACGAUUGCAUGGUCAAGUCAUGUGAUGCAUCUCUUUUAUUAGAGAUGAAAAAUGAAGAAGGUGUAGUUAUAUCAGAAAUGAAGUCACCAAGAAGCUUUGGGAUAAGAAAUCUUAAAUAUGUUAACAAAAUCAAACAAGUUCUUGAAAAUGAAUGCCCCAACACUGUCUCCUGUGCUGAUAUUAUGGCUCUCGCUGCAAGAGAUGCUAUUGUUCUGUUAGGGGGAUUAGAGAUGGAAAUGAAGACAGGAAGAAGAGAUAGCAAAGAGAGCUAUGGAGAAAUGGUGGAAGAAUUUAUACCAAAUCACAAUGACUCACUUUCAUUGGUUCUUUCUCGCUUUCAAGAUAUUGGCAUUGAUGCUGAAGCUACCGUUGCUCUUUUAGGAGCUCACUCAAUUGGUCGAGUCCACUGUGUAAACUUAGUGAACCGACUCUAUCCGACCGUGGACCCGACUUUGGAUCCGAACCACGCACUUUAUCUUCAAAAAAGGUGCCCAAACCCGGACCCGGACCCGAAGGCAGUCCAAUACGCGAGAAACGAUUUGGAAUCGCCAAUGGUGGUGGACAACAACUACUACAGAAAUGUAUUGGACCACAAGGCCCUUUUAUUAGUGGAUCAGCAAUUGGGCUCAAGCCCAAUAACUCUUCCUUAUGUCCAACAAAUGGCCUCCAAUAACACCUACUUUCUGGCCCAAUUUGCUAGGGCUUUGCUCUUGCUGUCUGAGAACAACCCUCUCACUGAUGACCAAGGAGAGAUUAGAAAGGAUUGUCGACGUGUCAACAAAUGAUUGGUUUGGAAAAAUAUGAGAGAGAGAGAAGUUUGGUUAUGUGAUUUACAAUAUGGUUUUUAUGUACCGUUUCAUAUUGUAUUAGAAACUAUGAGAUUUUAAUAUUGGGAGAUGUGGGUUUAUUAUCAAAUCUAUAUACUUCUUUUUUAUUAUA